GCACAACAUGUUAUAAUAACUUCCCUUCCAAUAGACAUGGAACAACACAUGAGAUGUCUUUUCAUCCAUCAUAUGUACCAUUCCCUUCAUUCUCAAAGUGUGGUCCGCGUUCAAUUGUUCCUACCCAAAAUUCAAUGGGUACAAUGCGGGUUAGUGUUUUCUCAUUACAAAUUGUGUGUCUCCAAUGUACACUUUUUUGUAUUCAUUCAGAUUUUCUAUUCUUUAGGUUUGGCAUUAUGCUUCCUGACUCCACGGGAUGCGCCAAAUUCAAUGAUCCAAAUAUAGGACACUUGUCACAUGUCAGCGGUCCUAUCAGUUACUAUGAAUUACUUCAACAGGUCACCAACGGCGAAGCAAUCUCAUACAGAUUAUAAAUUAGAAUUUAUAAAUCUAUUGAUGUAAUUUCUUCAAGAUUUAUAAUAACACAUGUACUGAUCGGUUCAAUCUUUUUAUUGUGAAUGUUUCUUCCUUGUCUUUAUUGGUUUACAAACAUAUCACGUUUCCCUCAAUGAAGCUAACACUAAGAAACACAUUGGGUGCUUCAUAAGAAGAAAUGAUACAAUGGCUCGGUGAAUUUCCGGAGCUAAUGUCUGCAUUUAGAAGUGGUGUUUUCUGUCGAUACUUGGAGAUUCAUUUUGUCUCUGUUACACUGGACACUGUUGUCUAAAAUAGCCAAAAUUGAAAGGGAUUCAGAAACAUGAUUUGUACUGAAGGGAGUUCCAGCGGGCUGUAGUAUCACAGAGUUUGCUCGUUGAAAAGGAGAAAUUAGAAAAAUGGAUGAGUUUCUAGUGGGAAUUUUCCCACACAAGAAAAAC